AUGACCGACAACAAAGCCAUAGACGAUAGUAACAUUCGUGAGCUAGGCGCCAAAUGGGUGUUUCAAGAACUUUGGCAUAGUUCAGCAUUACCGAGUGAUGCAAUGCAUUUGAAAUACACCCAAGCCUUAAUAAAUCUUGCAGGAGCUGACGGUGUUCUUGCUGAUGCAGAACGCCAAUGGAUCUUGGGCAAUGCAGCCGCCAAAGGCGCUAGUGCAGACGUAAUCAAUCGCUUUACAACUUACCAGCCGACCAAAGCCGAUAUCGAAGCGAUGAUAGCAAGUAAACCGACAUUUACGCAACAUGCAGGUCGAUCGCUCAUUUUCGAAGCUAUUCUGGCAGCCAGUGCUGACAUGGACUUACAUGCAGCCGAGCGAAAUGCCAUCUAUCGAUUGGGUCAAAGUAUGGGCAUGGAUGAAGCGCUCUUGCAAGAAAUCGAGCAGGCAGCUGUAAAUGAAAUAUCCCAUCGACGUCAAAUCGUAGCUCUCAUGUAUCCUGAAGGUUUGCACAAAUCUCUGAACGAGUCUGAAACCGAUUUCAAGAGUGAACAAACAUAA